CAUCCAGAGGAAAUGGUCGUCACCAGGAUUCUCCUGAUUGCUGCUCUCCUUAAUGCUAUUCUAGCAGCGCCGCAGUUGAAUCCAAGAGACGCUACAGUUGUGGUGCUGGAGAAUGACUUCAAUGGAGUCGAUCCGUGGCAUUGGAGGUACGAGACGAGCAACGGCAUCCGGCAGGAGCAGUUCGGCACGGAGGGCGACGGCGCGCGCCUGCGGGGCAGCUUCUCGUGGCAGCCGCCGGACGCGGGCAGCGCAACCUACAGCGUCACCUACGAGGCCGACGAGAACGGCUACCGGCCCAGAGUGGCCUUCGGCAGCGGAGCAGUGGCUGUGCGCCCCACACCGCUGCCGCGACCUACAGAACUGCCCUUCCUACAGCCCUCUCUGGCCAUUGGAAGUAACGCUGCACUUACACUGGUGGGCUGAACGGCCAGUCAAUUCAUGUCACUGGAUCUUUUAAAUCCCUGAAAUUUCAACAUCAGCUUCUGAACUGACUUUUUAAAAUCGUUGAGAAAGUGUGCAACAACUACCGCUGUCAGAUGGGACAUUGGUAAUAGCCUCUGCCAUCUAACAGCAGAAACUUUUGUGAGGUGUUGCAAUCUCUCUGAAUUGUUGGGAAUUUGAAGAAACCGUAUCUACAUCUAUAUCUGUAUCCAUACUCCGCAAGCCACCUGACGGUGUGUGGCGGAGGGUACUCUGAGUACCUCUAUCGGUUCGCCCUUCUAAUACAGUCUCGUAUUGUUCUUGGAAAGAAAGAUUGUCGGUAUGUCUCUGUGUGGGCUCUAAUCUCUCUGAUUUUAUUCUUGGGGUCUCUUCGCGAGAUAUACGUAGGAGGGAGCAAUUUACUGCUUGACUCCUCAGUGAAGGUAUGUUCUCGAAACUUCAAUAAAACCCCGUACCGAGCUACUGAGCGUCUCUCUUGCAGUCUUCCACAGGAGUUUACUAUCAUCUCCGUAACUCUUUCGCGUUUACUAAAUGAUCCUGUAACGAAGCGCGCUGCUCUCCAUUGGAUCUUCUCUAUCUCUUCUAUCAACACUAUCUGGUACGGAUCCCACACCUGUGAGCAGUAUU